AUGGCUCACAUCGGACAGUUGGAGGAAGAAAACAGGCACCUUCUCUCAGAGCUUCGAAAUGGAAAACAGGAGCUCAGUAUGCACGUGUUGUCAGAAGACAUUCUGAAAACAAGGGCGGAUAUGGUCCAGUUUUACACUGGGCUGCCCAACCUUGCCCUGCUGCUUGUGCUGUUCAACUUACUAAAGGAAGGCGCAACGCACACAAGCCGUAACUCUCUGACAGCAUUUCAAGAAAUGGUCAUAUUUCUGAUGCGCCUGCGGCUCAACACUCCUCUACAAGAUUUGGCCUACAGGUUUCACGUGUCGCAGUCUACAGUGACAAGGAUUGUCAACAAGUGGCUGGACGUGGCCUAUGUUUGGCUCUCCCGAGCUGUCCAGUGGCCUGACCAGGAGACUCUCCGGGCAACUAUGCCCAUGACUUUUCGCAAAUCAUUCGGCGUGGAGGUAGCAGUUGUUAUAGACUGUUUUGAGGUUUUCAUUGAGCGCCCUUCAUCUAUGCUGGCCCGGUCGCACACAUGGUCCGACUAUAAAACCCACCGAGGCUUCACAAUUGCCGACAGUGUUGGUAUGCACUGUGCCAAGUUAGCCAUGCUUGCCUUCACUAAGGGCAAACAGCAACUUUCGCCCAUGGAUGUGGAGAAGACUCGCAAAAUAGCGAACGUGAGGAUUCAUGUAGAGAGGGUAAUUGGGCUUGUACGAAAUAAGUACAGAAUCCUCAAGCACACACUGCCUGUGGAAGUGCUCACUGGUGAAGAAAAUGGACCAACAGUGCUCGACAAGAUGGUUUUUGUUUGUGGAGCAUUAUGCAACAUGAACAGCUCAACCGUCCCAUUUGGCUGA